CAUUCUGAAGUUACUGAAGAAUCGAUAAUAGGGUCCAGAAUGGAAGCCAGUCAUAAACAGCUUAUUUAUCUUCAUAAUAAUUGGCUCUCGCAAACGUUUGCGACGCAUAAAACACAAUUCUGCGUAUUUAUAUGAUCAAUGUUGGAAGGAUGGUAUUGUCGUUCUAUCGCAAACAACAAUGCAGAUGCCGAAGAAGAUGACGAAGAAAGUCCAGAGGAAGAAGUACCAAACUACAAGGAUCAGUAUCGAAAUCUUAAGCGAAAAUUAAAAUUUUUAAUUUAUGAAAAUGAAUGUUUUCAAGAAGCUCUAAGAUCGACUCAAAGAAAAUUACUCAAAGUAAAUAGAGAUAAAAGUUUUUUAUUAGACAGAUUAUUGCAAUAUGAAAAAGUAGAUACAUCGUUUAGCGAAAGUGACGAAACUGAGUCAUCCGACGAAGAGGUUGCCAGGCUCGACACGUCCAAGAGAAAAAAAAUGGAAGUCAAUGUAGGAAAUCACAUUUCGCAUCAUCCGUCUACGGUUACUAAGCCUCUUAAUACAAGCAAAAAGAAAAAAGCUCCACCAAAAGUAUCUAAAACGAACAAUAUACCUACAGUACAAGCACCUAAUAAUAUGGUACCUAUAUCUUUGAUGUCGGAUGGACAUAUGACACCCGAAGAAGUAGAAAGGCAUUUGGAGUCUCGUCAAACGUUUAUAGAACUUGUACCAGAAAAAGCACCGCCUACAGUUCCAACAGAAAUGUUCAGCAAUGAUCCUUCGUUAGAUAGUGAAUCCAAUGAAAUUGGCGAGUUAGAAACGUCUCCCAGUAAUAUGGGCGAAGAUUGUCUCAGCAUGGACAACAUGAUGGCUGAGUGACGUCGCGAUUCCGAUAUAGAUUAUUAAUCGAUUAUUAAUCGAAUAUUAAUCGAAUAUUAAUUGCACAUAAUUGAUUGCAUGUUUCGUUUAUAUCAAUAUUUUAUUCAAUUAACUUAUCUGUGUAAUUGUCGUGUAGCAUAAUAAAAUUUUUUAUACAUAUGAAA